AUGGGGCCAGGCUGUGCCAGUGUCCUGAGCUGGCUCCUGCUGGCACAGGUGGCCCUGCAGGUCACAGGUGGCCGUCCCUGUGAUGCCAAGGAUUUUGGGCACGGCUCGCUGGUCUGUGUCUGCAGUGCCAUGUACUGUGACACGCUGGACCCCCUGGUCCUGCCAGCCCCCGGCUCCUACAUCAAGUACGAGAGCAGCAAGGCCGGCAAGCGGCUGGAGAGGAGCGAGGGGAGCUUCCAGCACAACGCCAAGAGCCCAGAUUUCCACCUCACCCUGGACACGGCACAGAGGUACCAGAAGGUGAAGGGGUUUGGUGGCUCCAUCACUGAUGCGGCUGCUAUCAACAUCCAGUCCCUGUCCAAGGAUGCCCAGAAGCACCUGCUCCGCUCCUACUUCUCCGAGGAAGGCAUUGAGUACAACCUGGUGCGUGUGCCCAUGGCCAGCACUGACUUCUCCAUCCGCCUGUACACCUACGCCGACGCCGAGGGCGACUUCGAGCUGAGGCACUUCAACCUGACCGAGGAGGACACGCACAUGAAGAUCCCCAUCCUCCAAGCAGCCCAGGCAGUGGCCAAGCGGCCGCUGUCACUGUAUGCCAGCCCCUGGACCUCGCCGGUCUGGAUGAAGACGAAUGGAGCUAUGACAGGGAGGGGAACACUGAAGGGCAGCCCUGGGGACAAGUACCACCGGGCCUGGGCCAAGUACUUCAUCAGGUUCCUGGAUGAAUAUGCCAAGUACAACCUGACCUUCUGGGCGGUGACAGCAGGGAACGAGCCCACGGCUGGUGAGAUCGUCUUCUACCCCUUCCAGUGCCUGGGCUUCUCCCCCGAGCACCAGCGGGACUUCAUUGCCCAGGACUUGGGCCCGGCACUGGCCAACAGCUCCCACCGCCAUGUCCAGCUCAUCAUCCUGGAUGACCAGAGGGUGAUGCUGCCCUACUGGGCAGAGGUGGUUCUCAAGGACCCUGUGGCUGCCAGCUAUAUCAGUGGCAUCGGCAUCCACUGGUACCUGGAUUUUCUGGCGCCCAUCGACCUGACACUCUCCAUCACCCAUCACCUCUUCCCAGACUAUUUCCUCCUCUCCACGGAGGCCUCCACAGGCUCCUACUUCUGGGAGCCCAGGGUGGUGCUGGGUGGAUGGGACCGUGGGAGCAAGUACAGCCACAGCAUCCUGACGAACCUCAACAACUACGUGACAGGAUGGACCGACUGGAACCUGGCCCUGGACAUGGAGGGAGGCCCCAACUGGAGCAAGAACUACGUGGACAGCCCUGUCAUUGUGGACAGCAGCAAGGACGUCUUCUACAAGCAGCCCAUGUUCUACCACCUGGGCCACUUCAGCAAGUUCAUCCCUGAGGGCUCACAGCGUGUGGGACUGGCCGUCUCCAAGAAGUGCCGCCGCUGUGACCUGGAGCACUCGGCUUUCCUGCGCCCCGACGGCGCCAUCGUCCUGGUGGUCCUGAACCGUUCCCCCAUGGACGUGUCCUUUGGGAUCUCCGACCCACGCGUCGGUUUCUUCGAGGCCGUGGCUCCCAGUGACUCCAUCCAGACGUUCCUCUGGAAGCAGCCAGCCUAGCGUGGUCACAGCCAGCAGAGGAGCGAGG